CAUCCUAUAAGUAAUGAAUAACUUUUAUGAGCUGCAGGAGAUAAUGAAAGGGGAGCGUCCACCAUUAACCCCAUGGAGGCCGACAUGGGAAAUAUCAGUCUCCUCUCCAUCCAAUUUGUUUAGAAAGCUGGGUGACUACUAAUAUGACGACAUCAGGUGACCCUGUGAAAGUCAUAAAGGUUUACAGUGACGCCCGUGAUCUGUUGCCAAGCCCCAUCCAUGAAGAUAAGAGCACAGCAUAUAAGGCUGAUGGCAGCGCCACCAAGGCAGUACCAGCCAAGCCUCACCAUGUGGACCCGGGUAUUGUGUAUCCUGGCUCUCACCCACUUCAGUACACAAGUUAUAGUAAAGGUUGGAGACUACACUUUCUCUCUGGAGACCGUGAAGAAGCUGAGAGAAGUUGGGGAUGGCCCAAAGUUGAAUGAUCCCGAUGUUGACCGCGAUGAUGUCCCAUCUUAUGAGGGGAUCUGCAGCAACAGAGCAUUACCAGAACUGCGGGAUCUGUGUGACACCCAGCAGCCGGCCCUGAUCACUGAGAUCCUGCGGGGACUUGAACUUGUCGCAGAUAAGGCGGAUGAAUGUGAGGUUUGCGCCUUUGCGGCCUGCUCGGGGUGCUAGCCUUCCGCCGCCUCCGCCGCUGAUCCCCCGGUCUCAUUGAUUGUUAUGGAGAAUCUUCCUGUGACAUGUGAAGUGACCUCAAUAAAAUCUGUGA